CUUGAGUCCUGUUCACGGGCCAGCGUUCAUAACGGAGUCUCCGGACCAUCGAUAUCUUCGAGGCCAAUUUCUUUUCUCUUUGCCUUCAUUCCGGCUCCACCUUGCAUUGUUUUCUUGCAUUGCGCAGAUCGAUCGAACCGCACGUUCUGCGGAGUAGAGGAUUCCAUCCCAGAUUCCUCGAACAUUCCAGGAACCUCAAAAGCCACGAUCUCGGUUCGAUAUCUUGGACGACUGGACCUUGAUGUCGUCAUAUUGAUCGUUGCAACGAACACAUUACGACUUGCCCUUCGAUGCUCGACUUCUAGACUGGAAACAUGAAGGGUCAGAAGAGGCGGUAUUCGUCCUACGAUGGCAACGAUGCCAGAAUAGAUAUCGAGAAGCAGCCAUCACGCUACAGUCGCCACUACCGCCAGGAUAGCCGCAGCUCGUUCGACUCGGACAGCGGUGAUGACUCGAUCGCGUCUUCGUCUGGCACCGGUUCUACAGCCGCUUCAUACCGUCCCAUGCUGGGAGGCGCCACACUUAGGCGCAGUCGGGUCGCGGCCGGCUUUUAUCGAGUUCCCAAUCGCAUCAUGAGAUGGCUCUGUCUGGCGCUGUUUUCGGCGUUGGUCCUUUUUGUCAUCACUCUCUUCCGCUUCUCUCUCUCAUCUUCCGCCAAACAGGCCGACCUCGAAAUACCCAAGCCGGUCUCCAAGCCUCCCCAGUGGGAGAGUUUUCCAUUCUUACAGAGAUACCAUGGCGGUCUUCGGAGUCUGGUGUCCCGCAAAGACGACGUUCCCGAGUUCCCCAGCAAUAACAUGGAGGAAUUGGCCGCGGCUGCGAGUGCCGACAAGAAUGAGACUGCCGUCCAGGCCCGGGAAGAAUCUGCGCCCACCUUUUCCAGCUCUGUAUUCAAUCCUUACCCCGACUAUCACUCGGCGGAAUAUAUUUCAGCAUACGGCGAAAAGCACGAUUGCUUUUUAGAUGCGGACAACACAAUGCGCAUUCCGCUGGUUCAGCAUUAUCCCGGCGUGCCCCGCGGCUUCCCUGAUGCCGCCAUGGGAUCGAACGAAAUGCUUGGGAUCCAGGAUGAUGUUUGCUUUGACCGCUUUGGUCGUUUCGGCCCAUAUGGCCUGGGCUAUAGUGUGCGCAAGGGCGGCACUGGAGCCGGAUUGGAGGGCCACCGCGAAGGCUCAGAACGCGUUUGGGAAGAUUUCCCCCCCGUCGAUUUUCGCCGGGUUGACUGGGCUUCUGCCCAGGCCCGUUGCCAAGCUGUCAACAGCCAUCGAUUCCGGAGUCUGCCCAGUCCGCGAGCUGAGCGCUUUCUCUCUAUGCCGGUUGGGGUACCAAAGGAGACCGACAGGAACUCAACGGCGGAUGACCAGGCAUCGGAAAAAGAGGCGAAUCGAUUGCCUCGAACGGCAAUCGUGAUCCGAACCUGGCAUGACUACCCAUACACCCCCGAAGAUGUGAUGAACAUGCGGUCUCUGAUUUCAGAACUUUCCCUGCUCUCCGGUGGAGAGUAUACUGUGCACUUCCUGAUCCAUGUCAAGGAUGAAAACCUGCAGAUCUGGGCGGACGAUGAAACAUACGAGCGCGUCCUGAAAGACGCGCUUCCGCAGGAAUUCCAUGGAUUGGCGACACUCUGGUCGGAGCGACAGAUGGCCCUCAUCUACCCCGGGUUAGAGGAAUCCAUGACCCGCGGAUUGCCCGUGCACGGCGUGUACCGUAGUACCUAUAUGCCCAUGCAGUAUUUCUCCCAACAGCACCCCGAGUAUGACUAUUACUGGAACUGGGAGAUGGAUACCCGAUACACGGGACAUUGGUAUCACCUCUUCGACAAGGUCAUCAGCUGGGCGCGUGAGCAACCACGUAAAGGUCUUUGGGAGAGGAACGCCCGGUUCUACGUGCCCUCCGUCCAUGGCAGCUGGGAGGACUUCCGGCAAAUGGUUCGCGUGCAGACUGAUAUUGGCACCAACAGCCCGAACAAUAUGUGGAGCCUCUCCAAACCCGGCCAGAGUCCCGGCGACAAAAAAACCUCUCACCAGCAAGGCGAUCGACCCAUUUGGGGUCCCGAGCGACCGGAUGAGCGCGACAUUUUUGAGAUGGACGGAGAUGGGAUUCCCCCGACCACGAUUGACAAGGAUCGAUACGAAUGGGGCGUCGGGGAGGAAGCCGACUUGGUUGUUUUCAACCCGCUUUACGAUCCCGAGAGUACGACCUGGCUCCUUCGGGACGACGUGACUGGAUACAACCGCGAAAACGGAAUGCCGCCACGUCGUACGGCCAUUGUCACUGCGUCCCGACUGUCCCGCAAGCUGCUGCAUACGAUGCACAAAGAGACGAGCAUCAAGCGCCACACCAUGUUUUCGGAAAUGUGGCCUGCCACGACAGCCUUGCAUCAUGGUUUCAAGGCCGUGUUCGUUCCACACUCGGUGUAUAUCGACCGACAGUGGCCCACCCAGUACCUGGAAGCCGUGUUCAACGCCGGUCGGAACGGGGCGUCGGGCGGUGCUCGAACGUCAGUUUUCGGAGACCGGGAGCAUAACUUCAAGGGGACCACGUGGUUUUACUCUGCCGGAUUCUCGCCCAACCUCUGGAGGCGCUGGUUGGGCUACAAGGUUGACAACGACGGUGGAGAGCAAGAAGAACUCGCCGGGGAGGGCCGGAUGUGUCUCCCCCCGAUGCUUCUCCAUCCUAUCAAGGAAGUGGAGAUGAUUAUUGAUGAUGGCGCACAGGGGACUGAAACAGCCGAGUAAAGAAAAAGGGGAAGAAAAAGAAAAAAAAGAAAAAAGGAAACACGAAAACAGGACUCUGGUCUUUUAUGUGAUUUUUAUGUGAUGAUGGAAAGAUUUUAUGUAUGGACCGUUCACGAUUUAGCGGUCUCUUCUGUACAUGUGUGAUGCAUACGAGGACAUCAGGCGAACUGGCGUUGACUACAGGGCGCUAUUAUUACUUGCUUACGACUGCCUGUAUAUGACUAUUGCUAUGAAUUUAUUAUUUGC